UGUCUUAGUGCCACCUGCUGGAUGUGUUAGAUAUUUCAACAUCUGCUUGGAUUUUUCCCCUCGUUUUGUUUAGAUCAUGUCCCACCUGCUAACAUGGAGGAGGUGGAGUCAAUGAACUGUACUGCAGCCAGCCACCAGGGGGUCAUUGAGCUGUUUUGAGCUGCCAUGCCGUCCGUCUUUAGGCUGUUAGCCAGAUGUGAAGCCAACACUGUUCAUUUCAUGCUGCUGAUUGGUCCGAAUAAAACCAACAGCCAAUGAGAAUCCAGCACAUGCUGCGGUGGACCAAUUAAAUUGGGAGAGAUGGAAGGAGAGUGAAACCGAGAGAGGGAGGAGGGAGGGAGAGAGAGAGAGAGAGAGAGAGAGAGAGAGAGAGAGAGAGAGAGAGAGAGAGACAGAGACAGAGACAGAGAGACAUAGAGAGCAGGUGAAACGACAGGAUGAUCCGUCUGUUGCUGAUCUGCUUCGUCUCCUGCAUCGUCCUCGGCAGCAGCGAGCAAACAGAGAAGAAGAGUGGAGUGAUCGAGGAAGAGCCGCUCUCUCACCUCGAGGAAGAGCCGCUCUCUCACCUCGAGGAAGAGCCGCUCUCUCACCUCGAGGAAGAGCCGCUCUCUCACCUCGAGGACGACCACGACCACGACCACGACCACGACCACGACCACGAGCACGACCACGAGCACGAGCACGAAGCUCUUCUGGAACCAGAUGAAGCGAGAAGCUUCAACCAGCUCGCCCCAGAGGAGAGCAUCGCUCAGCUUGCAAUCCUCGUGGACAGAAUCGACGUGGACAAAGACGAUUUCAUCUCCGAGGACGAACUGAAGACCUGGAUCCAGAACGUUCAGAGGAACUACACGGAUGGACAAGUGGAGGACCGGUGGAGAGACUUCGACACGGACGGGGACGGACUGAUCAGCUGGGACGAGUAUAAGAACGUCACGUACGGCAGCUACAUCAACGACCCUCUCACGAAAGAAGAUGUCAACGUCCCCCAGAUGCUGCAGGAGGAGCGACGCUUCAGAGCCGCCGACACCGACGCAGACAUGAAGCUCGACAAGCAGGAGCUCAACGCUUUCCUUCAUCCGGAAAACUUCCAUCACAUGAGGGACGUCGUGGUUCAGGAAACGAUAGAUGACUUUGACAAGAACGGAGACGGUUUCAUCGACCUGAACGAGUUCAUGGAUGUACUGUUCCCUCCAGGAAACAAUGACAACGAUCCAGAACUGAUGGAAAAGCAACGUCGAGACUUCCUGGAGAUCCAAGACACAAACAAAGACGAGAAACUGGACAAACAGGAACUGAUGCAGUUGAUUUUUCCGGCUAAUUAUAGCGCUGCCGACUCUGAAGCCAAACAGCUCCUGAUGGAGUCCGACACCAACAAGGAUGGAAAACUGACCAAGGCGGAGAUUCUGGACAAACACGAGAUGUUUGUUGAGAGUCAGGUGACGAACUACGGAGAAGCUGUGGUGCCACACGACGAGCUGUAGAUCUGUGGAAGAAUAAACAUGAUUUCACUUUGAA